AAAAAAAAAUCAACACUGUCCUUUGCAAGGCUUAUAUCUUCAAAGUCGACCAUCUAUCUCUUAUCAAGUCCAUUGAUAUUAACACAUUUCUAAUUGGACUUAAACGGCCGGUUCAAAUCCACCUCAAAACCUCCACAUGGAUAUCGAUACAAGCAGAAGAAAUAAGAAACCUCGCCCUUUACUAGAGUCAGAAAGGGACAAGCUUGAGGAAUUCAUUGACUCUAUACAUUAUUCGGCCAGAUACUCGGACGACCUGUUUGAAUACCGCCAUGUACAGCUUCCAAAGAAUAUGUUGAAAAAGAUUCCAGCGGAAUAUUUCGAUAGCUCAAAGGGAACAUUAAAACUGCUCUGGGAAGAAGAAUGGCGAGCUCUUGGUAUAACCCAGGUACGCCAUGAACAGAUUCGGAACAAAAGCCUGGAACUGAAGAGCUGAUUCAUCAUGUCAAGAGUUUGGGAUGGGAACACUAUGAAGUGCAUGAGCCUGAGCCACAUAUUCUGCUUUUCAAGUACGCUUCGCCUCCAGUCUUGAAUAACUGCAGCAGUCUAGGGAAUUUACAAGAGCUAAUAUGAACCUUAUUUGAAAGACGUCCCCUGAAUUACCAACCGCCUCUUUCACAGUGAUCCUGCUAAGUUUGUGUGAUUUUUGUAUUGCUACGCCUGCCCCAAAACAGCCUCAU